CUCUUGCCUUCCUCCCACCUGCGCCUUUUCCACCUCUUUCCCUCAUUAAAAGAUACGUAUCCAUGUGCUUCGUACUUACCUAAGGCAAGGUACCAGAGCAUGUACCUCCACUCUCUCUCUCCACUGUUGGUGUUCGUCCUUGGUUCCCCCGUCUCCCCUUUCAGCUUGCGCUCCGCCUGCCGCCGAACGCCCGUGAAGAACCAGCACCAAACCCAAGCAGGACGCAGCCCAUCUCACUCUCUUUCUCACCAUCCAUCCCAUCCAUCUGCCAUCCUUCCACCCAUCCAUCUCAUCCCAUCCCAACCCAUUCAUCCCUCCCCCCUCUCCAUCCCGUUCGUUCCCUUCACUUCGACCCCCCCGGUCCAUCCAGUCAGCGCGAGCCAAGCCAAGUCGAGCCAAGACCAGCCCAGCGCCGGUCUGUCUUUGCCUGCUUCUCUCUCUCUGCUCACUUUCGUUUCCUUCAUAGCAGCCCUUUCCCACCUCCGUCUUUUCCUCCACCCAACAUCUCCAGCUUCUCAGUCGCCGCCCACCAAGACAAGAUCCCGUCGACGACAAAAGACAUUCAAGCCCCGUCAACCCGUCGACGUCGACUUGCGGCCGACAAACGACAAACCGCCGUUAAUGUCUUUCACUUCAAUCGCCUAGUCGCCUCUUUUUUCCCACCACCUCAAAUGCCGAGCUAGUCUCUUCGUCCACUCGUUAUCCCAACUACUACUAUACUACUACUCGUUCGCUCUCACUCUAUCCGCUCCGAAUUCCCUCGCACUUCGCACAUCGACCCGUCCAUUCCAGUCCAGCAAACGCCCACACGCCAGCCUCGCCUCGCCACGAAUCCAUUCCUCAACGUGUAUCCGUCACCCCUAGCACACUGCGACUUGUCUCAUCUACCCGACGGUUUUUCUAUCCAUUCGCUAUAUCUACUGCCGUUUCCCCAACUCGCGGUUUCCCUGGUACCGACCAACGGUCCACUCGCCUCGACCGUCUGAUCACCCCCUCCGAUUUGAUCGACACCUUCUACGCCUAACGGUCUCGCUUCGUCGAUCGGCAUCGCUCGAUCAGCGUCGCUGGCUAUUUUUUUCUCACUUCAUCCCCAGGCCAUUUCCUCCUCUAUCAUCAUGGCUCAAUUCGACCCUAACCUGCACCUCCGUUCGCUUGAGGAGCUGGAAGCUGUCAUCCUGCCCAGACAGAACGGCUGCCUCAAGUGUGAGGACAAGGCACCGACAUGCCCUACCAACUGCAAGUCCGACGAGUUCUGCUCCUUCACCAUCCCGACAUGUAGCACCUGUGCCCAGGCCAUCUGCGCCAAGGACGACAGCAAAUCAUCAUCCUCAUCAAGCAGCAAGCCCAACACGGGUGCAAUCGUUGGCGGUGUUAUCGGCGGUCUCGUCGUCAUCGCAAUCGCCACAUACCUUGUCUGGAGGUUCUUCAUCAAGACCAAGAGACAGUCAAUUAUUCAGGAGUCCUAUGCCGAGACGACCCACGAGAAGACCAUCAACGAGAAGAGCACUGGCGAGCCACGACAAACCAACCGCGACUCAACACACACCGUUCACUCUAUUGCAUCAACAGUACUCACCCGCGCUUCCAACAUUAUCCAGAUCGCCUACAUCCCCGGCGUCACAAACCGAGCUACUCCUACGUCACCAACUCUGCUUGUCCCUCCUGUUCCCCCUAUCCCGAUGCACGCCUCCAACUCCGCUGCAAGCAGCCCGUCGCCGUACGAGGAGCAACACUUCUUUGUGCCUGGCGAACUGCGCGACUCGACCUAUUCCGGCAUCUCUGGCUACUCUGAUCGCACGUCUGUCGCGAGAACCUCGUAUGCUCCUCGAUCUAGCAUCGCUCCCAGUAUCGCUUCCACCAUCUACGGCAAGAAUGCGGUUGUUGUAGCACCCGCUCAGACUGGUAUGCGCGCCAAGGCUGCUGUGGUCAGUGUCAAGUCUAUGGGUGUCGGCACCAACGGCAGCAGCACUCCUCCUGUCCCCAGUGUCGAUUAUGAAAAAUACGCUCCUGGCCGUCCCAAGAGCCGUGACAGCACAUUCAGCGUCGGAUCUACCUUCCUGAACAAUGCCAACACCGCCACCGCCGCCCCCGUCCAGAGAGUGCAGGUUGUCCGUGUAGGCAACGGCAACGGCCCUAAGCAAGUCAGCGUUGGAUCCAAGGCAUCAUCAACAUCAGAAGAGAUCUCGGCACCAGGCACACCUCUGCCACCCAGCACAACCGCGGCCGCCCGCGAAUCAGCUGCCGUGACAGUUAUCGAUGAAAGCCCGGCAGUCGACCAGGGCCCCUUCUCCGACCCUCCUGAGCCAUCCCCAGCUGCUGUUCGUAGCAACCACAGUCUCAGUGCCGUGAUUGAAGAGGCAACAAGGCGAGCCGCCGCCGGCCCCGACAGACGGUCUCAAAGGACAAGUUCUUACGAGAGGGGACGUAGUCCCUUCGGCGAUGAACACGCCACGAAAGAUUAAGAAAAGAUGAAAAGCAAUGAAAAAAAAAGAAAACCACCAUAUGAUGGGCGUCGGCCCUGAUCACGAUUUACUUACAACUAUUUACUUGCCUAUAUAUCAGGGACGACCUCCCAUGUUUCUUUCUCGUAUCUACCUUUUGUUAGACGACCCGGUCAGAACAGGCCUACGGGACCAGACCGAGGGACGACGUUGGAUGGGCAGGAUUAUUAUGGAUAGGCAAUGGCGUCGUGGAUAUUUACCUUUUACUUAUGGAAGGGUUACGGAAUGAAGAUAGGGGUUUACGUCAACCCAUUCACGCCUUUACCGAUAUGUCCAUUGAAUAGAAAUGUGACAAUUCAUCCACUAUUUUACA